AUGUCGAUUCUCGUCGAGAAAAGCGACGUAAGCCCCGAUAGCGAGCCCAAAUCGAGCAGCCCAGGUAGUACAUCCGCUGAGAGUGUUGGCAUCAAUGAAAGCUCACUGUUGAGGAAAUUGGAUUAUCGUCUACUUCCACCACUGACGCUACUCUAUCUUCUCUCAUUUUUGGAUCGCAGCAAUGUUGGCAAUGCACGUCUCGAAGGAAUGACCACGGAUAUUAAAAUGACUGGUGAUCAGUAUCUAACCGGUCUCACGCUAUAUUUUGUGGGAUAUGUCCUGUUCGAGGUUCCAGCGAAUACAGUGUUGAAGCUCAGCACCCCCCGUAUAUGGCUCCCGACGUUGACUCUCCUUUGGGGUGUGGUAGCGACACUCCUAGGGGUAGUACAAAACUAUCCUGGUUAUCUUGCCUCUCGAUUCUUUCUCGGUGUGGCAGAGAGUGGGCUCUUCCCGGGAGUCGUCUAUUAUAUCUCGAUGUGGUACAAGCGAAAUGAGCAACAUUAUCGAGUGGCUCUCUUUUUCUCUGCCGCGUCAUUAGCUGGAGCGUUUGGUGGGAUUCUUGCAUGGGCGAUAGCCCAUAUGGAUGGAGUUGGUGGGUUAGGAGGCUGGCGGUGGAUUUUCAUCCUCGAGGGUCUUUUGACAAUUUUUGUCUCUGUCAUAGCCUAUUUCUGGGUGUAUGACUACCCAGCGACGGCCAAAUUCCUUUCUGAAGAAGAACGAGAGUUCAUCCAAUUCCGCCUGAAGAAUGACAAUGAUUCUACUCGGAAUGAAAAGUUUUCAUGGGCGGCAGUCUUCGAUGCUUUCAAAGAUCCGAUGGUCUGGCUUUAUGGUCUCGGCUUCCAUUCUCUUAGCUUGCCACUCUACACACUUUCUUUGUUCUUGCCUACCAUCAUUAAAGAGCUGGGGUACUCUGCUGCAGAGGCGCAGCUACUGACAGUUCCGCCGUAUGCCAUUGCCACAAUCAUGACGAUUGGGGUGGCUGUGCUAUCUGAAAAAUGGAAGCGCCGAGCGCCCUUUAUCAUAGGCUCGUCCACUAUCGCCUGCAUUGGAUAUAUUAUUCUACUCACUGGUCGCCGCGCAGGAGUAUCAUAUGUUGGCACUAUUUUUGCAGCGGCAGGUAUCUAUCCUGGUGUGGCCAUUGUUUUGUCUUGGCCAGCUAACAAUGUCUCGGGUCAAACAAAACGCUGUAUUGCCAAUGCAAUGCAGAUAUCAAUUGGAAAUCUAGGUGCGGUGCUUGGAACACAGUUAUACCGCACUGAAACCAGCCCACGGUUCUAUCUCGGGCAUUCAUUUGCUCUCGGGUAUUUAGUCGCUAAUACCAUUAUUGUUAGCAUUUCGUGGCUGGUGCUUAAACGAGCAAAUUCUCGGAAAGCAAUCGUGAGGGAUCGCGAGGGGCUCAGGCCUUUGAUGGGUGAUAUUGGCGAUGCGGAAGGCGAAUUCUUGGGUGACCGUGAUCCUCGUUGGGUCUUCCAAACCUGA